AUGAAGUGUCACCUCGAGAGUGCCGAAAACGGGCACCAACAUCUGGAUGGAGAAGAGUUAGAGUUACUUUAUGCUGAUGAUGUGGCAAUCUUCACAAAAAGUGUAGAGGCAUUAAACUUGGUCCUAUCUAUCUAUGACAAUACUUUUACUCGAUUUGGGCUACAGAUGUCCUAUAGCAAGACCGAGACAAUGGCGUUUARCGUUGAUGAUGCCAUCAAAGAUCAGAAGACCCUAGUAUCAGUAAAUGGCGUGGAUAUCAAGAAUGUCCGGACAUUCCGGUAUCUGGGACAUGUAAUCAGCAAUAUAAGCAACUCAGCAGCAGCGUUGCAUGCCAAUAUCGCAUCUGCAUUUAAGAAGUGGGAUGAACUGAAGAAUUGUUUGAUGGACAGAGAAAUUCACUUAUCUAUGCGCAUGAAGGUCCUUACCUCAUGUGUCAGAUCACGUUUAUUGUAUAGCAUUCAGGCAUGUCACCUGUCCGCCUCAGAACUACAAAAGGUUGAGAGUGUGUGGAAUAAUUUUCUAAGGAAGAUGGUAUCGGGAGGCUAUGCAAGGAAAAGUGUUCCUCGCAACAAGCAAAAAAAGGGUGUCGACCCAGCUACCUUGGUGGAAGGACAGCUGGAUUGGGGAYAUAAAAUAUCAAAUGAGCGACUACGGGAAAUAACAAAAUCCAGUUCCAUCCAGGAUUAUUGCCAUGUCCAACAUCUUAAAUACAUGGCCCAUGUUUGUCGCAUGGAGAAUGACGCCCUCCAGAAACRGGUCCUUUUCGAUUAA